GUGUUACUUGGGGAAAAAAUUGAGAGCACAGAGAAAAACGAAGGAAAAAAAUUAGCAAAACUCAAAAUAUUCUUAGCCCUAAUGGAAUCCAAGGGAGAAGAAGCCUCCCAUCAACACCCAAAACAAAGCAAACCCACAAACGAUUCUCCAUUUCCAUCAACUUCAAUCCAAGAAUCUAGCUUAACAAUUUCUAUUCUGCCCCAAGAACUCAUCACUGACAUACUCUUAAAGCUACCAGUGAAACCCCUCUUGAAAUUCAGGUGUGUUUCAAAAUCUUGGCUUGCUUUAAUCUCUAGCCCUCAAUUUGUCAAGACCCAUCUUAGUGUAUCUGUUAACAACAAGGAAUGCACCAACCAUAGGGUUGUUUUGAAAGUAAAUUCACCUGAGUUCAAUCUUAAGGACUGUUCCCUUAACUCUUUGCUUUAUGACCCUGUUACCGAGGCAUUUGACUUGGGUUAUCCUAUGAAAAAUCCCCGAAAAGCCCGUAGAUCUAUUAGGAUUGUUGGUUCUGUCAAUGGGUUGAUUUGUCUUGUCAUCGGGGUAAAUGACUUCUUUCUGUGGAAUCCAUCUAUUAGGAAGUUCAAGAAAUUGCCUGACCCUACAGAUGGUUUCUAUAUCAUGUAUGGUUUUGGAUAUGAUGAGUUUCAUGAUGAUUAUAAGGUAGUGGCUAUUUGCAAUAAUUUGAGAUAUAACGGUUCACAUCAUGUUGAGGUCAAAAUAUAUAGUCUAAAAAGUGAUUCUUGGACAAGUACCUACGAGUGUUGGAGUGGUGGGGUGCUAUCCACUAGGUGGGGUACUCUUGUGAAUGGAAAGCUUCAUUGGACUACAACAACUACUACUACUCGUGUUGGUGUGAAUAAUCCUAAGGACAUCAUUUGUAUUGAUUUGGCUGAUAAGAAAUGGGGAAAGGUGGAGCAACCUUGCUAUGGAGAAGGAGAUUUUAAUUGUACGUUGUCCUUGGGAGUCUUGGGAGGUGAUCUUUCUUUGUUUUAUGAUUAUCUGAGAACUCACGCAGAUGUGUGGGUUAUGAAGGAGUAUGGGGUUAAAGAAUCUUGGACAAAGAUGCUUACAAUCAAUUAUCCCAAUGAUCCUACGGCGUAUCUCUUUCUUCAUACCUUUUGUAUGUCAAAUAAAGGAGAAAUUUUGUUUGAGUUUGGAUCAUCUUUCGUGGUUUACAAUCUAAAUGAUAACUCGAUCAGAAAUCCAGAGAUUACCAACUGUGAUUUCAUUAGGCAGGCAAUCAUCUAUAUUGAAAGCCUAGUUUGGCCUUUACUGGAUAAGGAACCAAUAAUUCAACAGCAAUGAAGACUGGAAAAGGUUCAGAUACAAGAUGUAUGCAUUUGAGCUUUCAAAAAAUGAUCUAACUAAAUUUUAGAACCUACCUAUUGACAAAAGUAGUAUUCGUCCAAGUUCAAAAGAAAAUUUCCCUUUCUUCACGCGAAUUUUGAAAUUCUGCAAUCCAUUUUCAUCAUUCUCAGUGAAGAAUGAAUUCAACUUCUUGUUAGCCUCCAUGUAAUAAUCAUUUGGGGCCUGAUGUCUUCUUGAUCUGUCAUGAAGUUUUAAUUUCCUUCUUGAUCAUGUAUUUGAUCAAAAGUGUAUCCGAUUCCACUGUUACGCCCUGAUAGGUAUGAUCAAGACAUCAUUAUAGUCCACAUGCAGACGUUAGGGACAAUUAAUCUACUCCCCGCUGACUUCAUGUAUGGCAAUGAUGAAUCAUGGGUUUCCCUGUUUUACUGCUCAUUUUCUAUGUACUAAUAUUAUUUCGAUGUGCAUAUAGCAAGACUUACCUACGUUCACUAAUUGCAUAUCACAUUUUGUUGGUAGGUUCAAGUCUAGUUCGUUGUGACUUGUGACAAAAGGUUGAACAGGCUUCUCCUUCACUUGAAUGUCUGUUAUAUGUAAUAUCAGGUUGAGAUUUAUCUGAAAUAGAAAUUGACCGCCCUCUUCUACUUA